UGGCCUCAAUUAGGCUGCCCUCUCUUUUGUAUUGGUCAGUGGUCACCACUCACCAACUGAAAAUAACUGAAAACUAGAGGGCCAAUAUUGUCACUCAGGAAACAUUGAACUGCCUUUUCUGGAGUCUGAACUUAACCAGUUCGAGUUUAUGUCUCUGGUUUUUCCCAGAUUUUUUUCGUCUUAAACAAACUUUGAUUGGAUAGAGACUGUAUGGUCAGCUAAACAACAAUGGCAACAACAAUUCUAACACUAACUUCUCUAUCUUCCACUUCUUUCUUCAAUACCCAAAACUACUCCAAGCUUCCCUACUCUCCAACUUCCAUCAAACCCAAGUUGAAAAGCUUUAAAAUUAAAGCUAUCAAAGAAAAAACAGAAGAAAUCGAAACCCCAUCUUCAUCUUCAUCUUCAUCUGCAGAUGAAGUUACAAAGAAGUAUGGCCUUGAAGUUGGGCUAUGGAAGAUAUUCAGCUCAAAGGAAGAAGGUGAAGAAAAGAAAUCAAAGGGUGACCAAGCCAAGGAGCUGCUAGCCAAAUAUGGAGGAGCAUACUUGGCAACCUCUAUUACUCUCUCCUUGAUAUCCUUCUCCCUUUGUUAUCUACUAAUUAGUGCAGGCAUUGAUGUUCAAGCAUUGCUGCAAAAGGUGGGAAUCUCAACUGAUGCGACAGGAGAGAAAGUUGGGACCUUUGCUUUGGCAUAUGCUGCACACAAAGCUGCAUCCCCUAUAAGGUUUCCCCCAACUGUGGCUCUGACUCCCAUUGUUGCUAGUUGGAUAGGAAAGAAGGUUGAAAAAGAUAAUUAAAAUUUGUGGGUACUUCGCAAGCUCAA